AUGAUUAAAAAUGUAUCUACUGCAUUAAAAUCAUCAAGUGAUAAUUUUUGUAUAUUUAUUGAUCCAUCAAUAACACGGCAAGAAAAUAUGCCAUCAAAUAAGGCACCAUUUAAUUUAAUGAAAACUCUAGCAGAAACCGAACGUAUUGCAGAUAGUUUUCCAGCUUUCCUUAACGAAGCAUUAAGUAAACCAAAUUUUUGGAAACGAUCAUUUAUACAAGUCAAAGAUCGUUAUGAUGGCAUAUCAAAAUCUUUACGUCGAAUUAGUGCUGAUAUUCGUUUUGUUCAUCGAUGUACAACAAUACUUGAAGCUGAAUCAAAAUUACAUUUUGCUCAAGAAGAAAAAUGGCAAAUGCGUCGAGCAAGUCUUGCUCAUGUUAACACUGGUAUUGAUUCUCAACCAUCUCAUUCUUUGACAACAAGAUAA